UUAAAAGAAGAAAAGAAAAGAAGCUCACCCUUCCUUCUCAGAUAUCUGAAGAGAGAAUCAGAAGCCUUCUGUCUCGCCAUCUCUAGACAGUUCCUGGUGCCAAGACCAGGCAGCACAGGUGAUCGGGUUCGGGUGCCCUAGUUGGAGUCUGGGGACCAACAGAUAACAGCUUACCUCUUGCUUGAGGAUUCCAUGGGAAGUUCUCUGUAAGUACUCCUGAGUCAGGAAAUGCUUCCAUACACCUUCCCUGACCUACUUGUCCAUCAGAUUCUUGUAGCUCCUUCACUUUAGAUCAGCUUUUUACCUACCACCCAACCCUGAGGACCUGGUUUUUCUCCAGACUGUGUUUUUACUCCUGAGAUUUUCUACCCAAAAUUUGGCAACCACUCUUACACCUGAGUCUAUAUUCCCUGGGUUCCCACUUUCCUACCAUCUGCAAGGGCACUCAGAAUAUUAAAAAAAUGCUUAUUUAAAAAAAAAUUUCUUAAGCUUGUUUAUGCUGCCUUAUUUUACUUCACAUUUUUUUACACAUAUAUUUUCUGUAACUAUCUUCAGGACUUGGUCCAGUAUCGUUAUCUUUGUAUUCUGGUUUCAUUCCCUCCUUUUCUGGGAAGUCUUUCACAAUUUUCCCAUCCUGAGUGUGUUUCUAUAGCACUUAAAAACUAACACACAUAAUUGCUUUCUCAACACAAUUGUAACCUCCUUGCGGGCUGGAAUCAUGUCUCAUGCUUUUCUUAUGCAACAUAGGGCAAAGCAUCCUGGUAUUUAAAAUAAUAAUAAUAAUGUGCCCAAAACAGCAGCAAGUAAAUAUUUCUUUGGCUGUGCAUUAGCCUCCCAAUGUGGAAACUGCGGCUUCCUUCAGAUUCUUUCCCAACUAGUUCAGAGAGUCCCCAGGGACAGUUCAAAUCUGCUCUGGAAUAAAGUUCUUUAGGCUACUUUGUGUAUAGCCAUUUCCCCCAGCUUGUGUUCCAUGAAUGUUUUUCUUUCUGCCACCACCUCCCACACCCACUUUCUUCCUUUUACCCUCUGGCUACAAUAGUAAAAAUAUUCUGCCACCCCAUACUCUGAUGCACAGCGUCCUCUGGGGCCUAGAUCUUCUCUAAUAUUAUUUCUUUGGCUGUGCCGGAUCUUAGUUGCAACAUGCAAGCAUUUAUUUGUAGCAUGCUAAUUCUUAUUUGCAGCAUGUAGGAUCUACUUCCUGACCAGGGAUCAAACACAGACCUUCUGCAUUGGGAGCUCAGAGUCUUAGCCUCUAGACCACAUGGAGAAGUCCCCUAUUUCUUCUUUUUCGUUCUUUGUCUGGCUCAAUUUGAGACAGUAUUGCCUGCCUCACCAGCACUAACCCAUUGAUCUUACCCUACCUUAUGUUCUAGGACUCACUUUCUCUCCCGAGGAGUUCAUUCCUAGGAAAAUGAACCGUGGAGCAAGUAACCCCCUUCAUGGACCAACCCACCCAAACAUGUUAAGACAUGUCAGGAUUGUGUAGGAUUGAGCCUGGGACCAUCUCCUCCAGGAAGUCUUUCCUGAGUCAUGCCUGCCCCACCAUUACCUCCAUAUAGGCUCGCUUCUCAUAUGUGCGAAUGAAAUAUCUUUUCUUUUCCUGGUUGGCGGUUUUUGUUGGAAGCUGGAUUAUAUAUGUGCAAUACUCUACCUAUACCGAACUAUGCAGAGGAAAAGACUGUAAGAAAAUAAUAUGUGACAAAUACAAGACCGGAGUUAUUGAUGGGCCUGCAUGUAAUAGCCUUUGUGUUACAGAAACUCUUUACUUUGGAAAAUGCUUAUCCACCAAGCCCAGCAAUCAGAUAUAUUUAGGGAUUUGGGAUAAUCUACCAGGUGUUGUGAAGUGUCAGAUGGAACAAGCACUUCAUCUUGAUUUUGGUACAGAAUUGGAACCAAGAAAAGAAAUAGUGCUAUUUGAUAAGCCAACUAGGGGAACUACUGUCCAGAAAUUCAAAGAAAUGGUCUACAGUCUCUUUAAAGCAAAGUUGGGUGACCAAGGGAACCUCUCUGAACUGGUUAACCUCAUCUUGACAGUAGCUGACGGAGACAAAGAUGGCCAGGUUUCCUUGGGGGAAGCAAAGUCAGCAUGGGCACUUCUUCAAUUAAAUGAAUUUCUUCUUAUGGUGAUACUUCAAGAUAAAGAACACACCCCCAAAUUAAUGGGAUUCUGUGGUGAUCUCUAUGUGAUGGAAAGCGUUGAAUAUACCUCUCUUUAUGGAAUAAGCCUUCCCUGGGUCAUUGAACUUUUUAUACCAUCUGGGUUCAGAAGAAGCAUGGAUCAGUUGUUCACACCAUCAUGGCCUAGAAAGGCUAAAAUAGCCAUAGGACUUUUAGAAUUUGUGGAAGAUGUUUUCCAUGGCCCAUAUGGAAACUUCCUCAUGUGUGAUACUAGUGCCAAAAACCUAGGAUAUAAUGAUAAAUAUGACUUGAAAAUGGUGGACAUGAGAAAAAUUGUGCCAGAGACAAACCUGAAAGAACUUAUAAAGGAUCGUCACUGUGAGUCUGAUCUGGACUGUGUCUAUGGCACGGAUUGUCGAACUAGCUGUGAUCAGAGUACAAUGAAGUGUACUUCAGAAGUGAUACAACCAAACUUGGCAAAAGCCUGUCAGUUACUCAAAGACUACCUACUGCGUGGUGCUCCAAGUGAAAUCCGUGAGGAAUUAGAAAAGCAGCUGUAUUCUUGUAUUGCUCUCAAAGUCACAGCAAAUCAAAUGGAAAUGGAACAUUCUUUGAUACUGAAUAACCUAAAAACAUUACUGUGGAAGAAAAUUUCCUACACAAAUGACUCUUAGUUCAUUUUGGACAUUGUGACCAUUUUAAGAAACUUAGCACUUCAAAAGAAAACUAUUCAUCAUUUUUUCUACAUGGCUUGAUUCAGACCCUUGUGUUAACAAAACUCCUUUCCCCUGGUCCUAAGGAAGCCAUCAUCUUAAAAUACAUGUUGACUGCUGAAGGCAGGAGUUACAGGAUCAAAAGGUCCAAAAAAUUUUAUUCCUGUCCUUUUAGAAACUCUUGGUACACUUCCUAGUACAUCCACUGUGUAACUAUUUUGACUAAUGACUUAAAAUAUAAUACUGUGAAAAGCCUCAUUCCAUAAACAUCAACAGUGAAGAGUAUUUUGUAGAUUUGUUAGCCAAAUAUCAGUGCUGGAAGUUGUGUCUGCAUUGAAGCUGCUAUUUAAAAAAGAAAAUUUAUAAAUUUACUAAUGUCUUAGCAUGGUAAAGUUUGCACAUUAACAGGAAUUAAGACUGCAAAGCAGGUAAAUUAAAAUUACUCCUUUAUAAACAGGUGUUGGGUUACUAGCAUGGUUUCUUGUAUUAUACACUUAAUCCAUUUACAUAUCAAAUUUUACGUGGCUUCAGAAUGUUGAGUGGCCCUUACCCACUUGAAACCCAUCAGGAAGAUUCUUUCUGGCAAUAUGUAACUGCCAAUUUCAGAGGCUGAAUAUGGAUGAGCUUUCAUCAUCCUAGAUUUAAAGCAUCUGUACCAGCCACUGGUCCUUCAAAAGGCACAUCUUUAGGCCACAGACCCAACAGUUCCACAUAUCUUGAAUCUGAGCUAUUCAGAGUGGGACUCCCGAAAUCAUAGAACUUCCUACUAAUAACUGUUUUCAAACAUUAUUCCCUGCUGGCCAAAGAGCUGUUUCUUAAGAGGCAUGUAAAUUUACCCAUCUAACACUGUCAUAUAAAUUUGACAUACAAGGGUUGAUAUGUGCUCUUUUGUUUAUUCAGAUCUGAAAGGCAUGUGCCUUUCAACUUUAUAAAAAGAAACAUCUCUUGUGAGAAAGACCCAAUAUUUUCUGCUCAUAGCUUUCACCUGGUUAAAAUGAAUGUUAAAAUUAUAUGACCUUCAUGGGACAGCUUCCUCUGAAAAAUUAAAGCCAUGAAUUAGCAUCAGUUUUUCUUACUUUAAAAUUGUAAACUUUGAAGGUACUUUUUCUUCCCACUUAUCAUGUGGUUACAAUAAAUGAAUUGAA